UCACAGUUUUCCCUCGGUAUCGGUCGUGAACGGUUGUCGGUAAGGUGCGUGCGUGCAAGCGUGCGUGCGAACGAGCGUUUUCUUUUCCAUUUCCCGGUUGUGUCUGUUCCUUCCUUUCGUUCAGUGCGGGUACCAGGCGAAAAGGGGACACCGAUUUCUAAGUUUUCAUCCAAAUCGACACCCACGUUUUUGGAUCUUUUCGCGAGAAUUCACUGCAGGAUGCUUUGGUUCUAAAAUAAAGCCGAUUUGUCGAUAAAACGUAAAGUGAAAAAAAUAUAUGAGUGUAUUGAAAUUUUUCAUUAUUAUACCAACUUAUUGACUAUCGUCAAGUGUAUUGAGUCUUUGAAUCUGCAAGAAGAAAAUCUGGAAAAUCUGUUUCCGCGAUCAAAAUGAUGAUUCUGUUUGUGAUAAAGUUAGAUAUGAGGAGAAAAACAGUGGUCUAUCAAUAGUGGAUAAGGUAGAUUAACAUCUCUCGCAUUGUGGAAAUUUCAGGUAGAAAGUGGAAAAUACAAGUUGGGGCGGCUGCAAGAGAAACAGUUUUGAAAACUAAACAGAAUGCAAUGUUUUGAGCAUUUGGGUGCAUCGAACUAGAUAUUCAUAGCGUGUUAUUUUUAUGUAGUGCUUAUCUAGUAUCAGUGUGAAGAAAUUGAAGUGUAUGUUUGACACCUGCCGUAAAGAGAUGGAAGUUGAUUACUAUAAUCCACAUAUAGAACAGCCAUUAGACCUUUUCACGUAAAUCAUAGUAGAACCAGCUUCUUAAUUGCCAACGCAUAUCCUUCUUUGCUAUCUAUAAGGCUACUAAAUGACUCUAAACAGAUCAGCGCAACGAUCGGCUUAAGCAAAACGGAGGUAUAGAGUAACAACUUAACUCUCAUCCUGCCAUUUGUGAGCGCACAAUGGCGCUGGUAAUGCUGCCAUGUGACCUCCCCUGGUGGUCCAAUGUCCAGAAGAAACUUGCUCAAAUAGAGGAAUCUUCCUCCCUUGAUAUCGUUGUUGAGGUGAUGCAAAAACUCCACGAGCUGUGCAACGUGAGCCUCGAUCCGGACGACGAUGGGAAAGAUCAUGCCGUGUUCGACGGGUUGCGGCACUACGUCGAACAAACACUAUCGGAAGCGGAACGAGCCCAAUUUUUGAACCAUACGAUCAAAAGUAUCGCUCGCCAUGCACGGGAUCUCAAGCUGCACCGUCCUCCGCGUGGGCUCAACUUCAGUCUCCAACAGCAGACGGAUUAUUAUGCGUUGAGCUACCGUUUGGUGGCUGCCCUACUGGCGAACGCUUUCUUCUCCACAUUUCCAAAACGUACUGAGAAAACUCAUCCAACCCUACAAGACUUCAAUUUUACGUAUUUUUAUAGAGGAUUAGUAGAAAGUAACGUACAAAGGUCCAAAUUUAGAAGUUUCCUCAGGUACUUCGACUGGCUAGAAGCAAAUCCGGAGGUACUAGAAGGGACGCUCAAUGUCAGCAGGAAGGUAAUGACCGGGAAGCAGUGGCUCACGAUCGAAGAUUGGCUGGAAUGUGGGCUUCAGUUGUGUGAUGUCGAAAUCAAGCACGAGGGUCGACUUGAUAAGGCUAGCUCAGAUACGAUGCAGGCUGUGUUUGCCAAUCCUCGACUUGGUGGUGAUGUGCUUGGAUCGGGCUCUUCACAAGAAUCCGUGCAGUUCUUUACCUUCCCCGAGAUGUUGGCUGUGUUGUUGUAUGUGGAAGCCCUCGAAGACAACGAGUCGUUGCAAAUUGAAAACGCACACCACAUGGCGCGAAUAGUGGAUCCAAGGGGACGAGCAUUGUUUGAACCAAUAGAACAGCCUAAGAAAACCUCUUUGUGCUGCAUUGAUGCGGAGAAUUAUCGAGCGGUUCCUUCGCACCAGUUUGAGGAAGAUGACAUCCUGCGUGAGUUAAAUAAGUGCCUUUUAGCUUUUAGACAAAACACUACCUGUCCUGUAGUGGAGCAGAGAUCUGGCGAGAAACAACGACCGAAUCGAUUGGAUCAACUGGAAAAUGCUUCCAGCAAGGGCCGACUAUCGCCGAUAGGAGAACGGGAUCGGGAAGGUUCCACACCGGGAUCGCCAGAUGUGUGUACCACCAUCGUCAUAAGACAACCAACCCCCAACUCGAAGCGCUCAAGUAGUGACUCGAAUAAGCUAGAGAAAGAUAUCAAUAAAAGACGCUCGUGGCUAUCACCAGAUAGAUUUGGACCAGGUGGUUCAUCUGUACCGAACAGCUCAACCGGUUCGACAAGUGGAGUACUGACCGGUGGCCAUCGGGGAAAGUUUAUAAUAUUGGGCUCGUCUGGAGAGUGUCUUCCGGUAAAUCGUCAUCCGCUGAAGAUUUCGAUGCGAAAGGAUUCCUACUCCAGCUGCGAGUCAAGCAACGAAGAGUUUCACAGUGCACGCGGAAGCUUCGAUGAAGAUGAUGAAGAUGGAUUACGAGCGGGGUUGUAUUCAAAAGAGUUGGAUACUCCAGAACGAAGGUAUAAUUUUGCUCAAAAGUUGCGCGAUGUGUUGCAGGAUAAAAACGUAGCAUCUGGCAGUACGGAGGAUAGCAGCUAUGCGGUCGGGAUUAGUGUAGCUGGAUCACAGAUAAAAGAUCAGGACAUAAAAGUGAGACGUGGUGGGUCCUGUGGGUUCGUGCUAGAUGGAUCGAUGGGAAGCACGUCAGAGGAGAGGGAAUGGUUCGAUCGAUGUCGCCGGAAACAGAAUGGGAUGCUGGAGAGAAAGGAAACAAACGAGUCUUCCAGAUACAGUUUCGAUUCGGAUCUUGGAUCGGAGCUAGAGGAAGUUUAUGAGAAAUUUGCGAAGUGGCUAGAGGAACCGCUGAGCAGUGAUAAACCAAGAAAAUUGGAUGCACGUGAUGAAGCAGUACUGAGAUUCGCUAAUUCGUUGCUGAAACGGACACUUAGCGAGAGCUUCGUUGGAAUCCCCCUCACGGACGAAUGUUUGAGUAUAGAGAAAAACCCGGAUGGAAGUUCGACCCAGAGUAACCGUAGCCAGAAUGACAAGGUAGUACUGAGUGUGAGAUCGUUAUCAUUGGAGUUGGCCAAACAUAAGCACAAACUAGCUGCACAAUUGCGCAAUGAGUAUCUUGCUCUGGAGCCGGCCAAGCUGUUCAAAUGUCCCAACAUACAGCUCGCUGAGGUUGACCAUCGAAAGUUACUGCACAGGCUGCGAUCCAGUAGCUCGAUCUGUUCCACCACUUCUGGGCCACGGCCUGUGGAAUGCACUCGGUUAAAGAAGAAAACCCGGAAGAGAGAAAGUGAUCGUCAGUCUUCCUUGAAGAUUCGGCUGCAGAAUUACAAACCGAAUUGGUCCGUAUCCUAUUACCAAGACGUUAAAUGCGAUGAUGUAACAUUGAAGAUAUCUCAGCUAGCUCAGAAGCGGACAUUCAACGUAAAUUUAAGGCCGGUGGCUACUGGUAAUUGGGGAUGUGGUGACUCCAAACGGGGUGAUAUACAGCUGAAGAUGGUGAUCCAAUGGAUGGCUGCCAGUGUUGCCGGUUUGCCAUAUCUCGUUUACUAUACCGCUGGCAGUGAAAAACUCUCCAAGCUGGAUACAAUAUGUCGAUUGCUCAAAGAUCGUAAGUGGACCGUGGGUGAGCUAGCAUCCGCUACACUCUUGCAUGCCAAAGAAAUACUGGAGGAUCCUUUCUAUUAUAACAACGAUCGAAACUACAGCUGCUUCUUCGACAAACUGAUCGGACUCGAACGGAUUAGGCAGUAGAAAACGUCGCAUUCGAGGAACAGUGUAUUCAAUAAAAGACACCUAUUCCGAAGGGAUACCAUAUUAAUUACUGUAACGAAUAAUAAGAACGCAACAUUGAGCAAUACUUAUUGUUUUUGCUCUGCAUCGAAAAAAAAAACAUAUUUUCCAAUGUUAGAAAGUGUGGUGAACACUUUUGUUAUGUAAAUAGGAAUUAACAAAUUCAACAAGUAGCCGCAGGAUUAAAAGGAUAAAAAGGAUAAAGUCUUCCGUCGACUUCUAAAACUGGUAUAUACACAACACAUGAAUACAAGUAGUGAUCGUUUUUUACAGCUAGGCAUUGAUAAAAGACUUAUUGAAAUAAUAUUUCAACCAUCGCUGCAGCGACAAGUUUACACCUCUGGUUGCAGCGAAGACAAGAGAGACAGUUAUAUUGUAAUGGUUACUUUGUGUCAACAAUAAAUAAUAGUGAACGAAUCAGUAACAUCAAUUACCGCUGUCGUGCUUAUCGGUACUUACAGGGAGCGAAUCCCCAAUAUUUGUAUAUGCAGAGGACGGUGGACAAAGGCUUCGAAGUUCGAAACAGUUAAAAGUCUCCUGGAAGAGAAAAAAAUGAAGUCAGUGUUUUGAAGGCAAGUCUACACACGGAAGAAGCUUGGACUGGGCCUUUACCUAGGGGAAAAGCCUACAUUGUACACUACAACAGCGUUUGCAAAACCGAAUCGAGAAUUUGUGAACUAUUAUUAUACAGAAACGUUUUAUAUAGGAUUAUUAUGAACAAAAUAAAGCAAAAAUGAAGGGAACCCUCUUGGAGUAUUUCAUAUUUACAUUAACCGUAUGUCAAGUUUCAAAAUUUGGUUGUGCGAUCGAAUGAACACUAGACCGUUCAUCAUAAGUGACGAAUUUCAUGCCAACUCGACUGGCCGUUGGCAGCACCAUUUCAGAUAGCUGU